AUGUGCAUAAAUUUACGAACAGAAGAACUUUUGACACCUACAACUAACUGUCAUAAUUUUACUGCAAUAAUUUAGCGAUAUUAAUGAUACAAUAUUAUAGUUUUAAGAAAUAUGAGCUCCUCCUCGAAGAGAUCAUGGAAGCUACAAGAUUUUGUUGCACACCAAUCCAAUGUAAAUUGUGCUGCUUUAGGCCAUCAGACUGGCCGAGUAAUGGUCACUGGUGGCAAAGAUAGCAAAGUUAACCUGUGGGCCCUUGGGAAGGACACGUGUAUUAUGAGUUUAAGUGGCCACGCCACAGAAGUAAAGAGUGUCCAAUUCGGUAACACAGAUGAAAUAGUAUGUGCUGGAUCUUUAGGAGGAAUCAUCAAAGUAUGGGACCUAAAUGCAGCAAAAUUAGUCAGAAAUAUGACUACCCAAAAAGGUGCAGUCACUUGCACGGAUUUCCAUCCGUAUGGAGAUCUUUUAAUAUCGGGUCAAUCUGACUGGACAGUGAAGUUGUGGGAUUUUAGGAAAAAAGGUUGCAUAUGUGUAUAUAGAGGACAUACGAGACCUAUUAAUAGUAUUAGAUUUAGUCCUGAUGGAAAUUGGAUUGCCUCAGCUGGUGAUGAUGGUUUAAUUCGAUUAAUAGACAUCAGAACAGGAAAGCUCCUGAAACAAUUCUCGGAACACAUCUUCCCGGUGACUUCGAUACGAUUUCAUCCCAGUGAAUAUCUUUUGUGCAGCGGCGGAACUGACGGUGUCUUAAAUUUUUACGAUUUAGAAAAAUUAACAGUUGUCUGUAAAACGGACAAUAACGUAGGCAAUAUAUCGACGAUGGCCUUUAGUAAAAACGGUGAAUGUUUGUAUGUGGCCACCGACGAUUAUUUGAAAGUCUACGCCUGGGAACCUGCUCGAUUGCUGGACAGGGAGAGGAUCAAAUGGGGCUGUGUUAAUGAUUUAGCUUUGACUGAUAACCAGAUGAUUGCUGCAUCUCAUAUGUCAGUCAACAUCUCCGUGUAUCUCCUGGAUUUACAAAAAUUGCCACCGGUAACAGGAAUGGGUCACUAUUCCUCGCCCCGGUUGAAUAAUACUCACAGUGUUAAUAAUGACAGUGGGUCGCCUGCUAGUCCUUUUGGGUAUGGUCAGAGUGUUAGGAAAAGUUUUUCCAAAGACAGACCUCAGAGGUUGUCUUCGAGGCCUGUGAAAGUUAUUAAGACUAUUGAAGAAGCCGAGAAGUCCAGUACGGAGGAGGAGUAUCCUAGUAAUAAUGAAAUACCGGACACUUCGAAUUAUAUGAAUAUUUUUCAACCGGCACGAUCAUUGAAUCGAACACCGCCACCAGAACCAGAACCAGAAGACUUAGAUACAACCUUGACAGAAAAUUUAAAUUCAUCUCACCUAAGUCGGACUUUCACAAUAUCGGAUAGCCCUUCACCGGAGUAUGAACCUUCUCGUAUGUCUCCACCGGAACGUCCGGAACCUGUUCCAAUGCCCACACCUACAUCGGUGCCUUCAGUCAAAAGUAAACAUAUUAAUUUCAAUAGACAGUUGUCUUAUGAGGCCCCGAGGCAGAGGACGUACUCUAAUAGCUCACCAGCGGACUGGUACCCGGCUACACAAUUAGAAAACACAUUAAACAGUUCAAGGUUUUCGUCUCCAGAUUUGAUACCUCAGCAUCAGCCUGCUCCAAAUAAAGUUGCCCCAGUUACAACCCCUAAACAAAAUUAUAAAUAUACCGAUGAUACGCCUGUUUCACUCAAGAGUAAACAUGCAAAUUCGGUGGCUGCUGAAAGGAGCCCUUAUAAGGAAAUGCAACGUGCUAAAUCCAACCUAACCGAACAAAGAAGAUCCAGAACGACUCCUGCACCACCAAAAAAUAUUCAAGCACCACCAAAAGUACAAAAUGAACCUGAACUCAUACCAACGACUACUCAUAGGCCUGUAGGGAUAGAUAUGGAUGAAUUCUUACCAAAAUCUCUCUCCAAAUUUGAUGACAUGUCAGAGCAAGAAGUUCUAAACAUGAUAAUGAGCGGUCACGAAAAGAUGAUGGCAGUUUUGCAAACCCGAGAAAGAAAUUUGGAUAUGAUCUAUGAACUGUGGAGGAGUAAAGACCUAAAAUCAGCGAUGGAGUAUUUAUUCUCUCUCAGGGAUAAUCUGGCACUGUUGGUGGAUCUUUUAUCUGUUUUUAAUGAUAAACCAACGAUGUGGGACUUGGAAAUGUGCGGACUUCUCUUGCCAAAAGUUCAUGAGUUGCUGCAGAGCAAAUAUGAAACAUACGUCAAAACAGGUUGUGAAACUCUGAAAUUAAUCUUGCGAAACUUCUCAUCUGUGAUCAGGCUAAAUAUCACUGCACCUGUUGGUUCACACGGUGUGGACAUUCCUCGAGAGGAAAGAUAUGCUAAAUGUCUCAAAUGUCAUGACAGCCUUUUGCAAAUUAGGGCUUUUCUGCUGAAGCGACAGACUUUACAAGGUGAUUUAGGUGUGAUAUUUCGAGAGCUCCAAACAAUGUUACAGGGUAUAGACAGUUGAAAUUGGUGAACACAUUUGUGGAGCUGGAUGAGUAUUUAUAUUAGUGCCUUUUUACUUAUUAUAUUAUCAAAUAAUAAUUAGUCGUUAGAAAACAAAAACACAAAACAAAAACCAACCUUGAACAGAACACUUCCUUAUCAUGAACUAAAACAAGGAUAGAUGAUUAUUAUUAUGAACUAAAAGUGGAUUUAUCAAAUAAUAAUUAUUAUGAACUUAAUUAUUAUGAAUUUUACCGUCACGAUUUUA